CUACCAAUGUUGAAUAAAAGCACAAACCAAAAAGCCAUUCACAAGGACAAAUCAUACACUACAUAACCCAAAGUUUGAUUCCAUUCAUUUUUUUUCCCUCACCACCUUUUCAUUCAUGUGUUCAUCUAGAACCAUCAACAUGCAGCUAAACCGGCUUUGCUUCAUUUCACCAGCUGAUUUCGAUGAAAUCGCCCCCUUGGAGUAUCCCAAAGUUGAUAAACCUGCCAAAAAGGAGGUCAAGAAACAUCCAUACCGUGACUGUGGAAGUCAGUUUCUUGCUUUCAUUGGUAAUGCCUUGCGCCGGUUCUACUACUCGAGAUGGGUUCAUUUUUGUCACCAUGAUGUGCCAAGGAAACAGCAACCAAGUGUGUUUCAUGACCUGGAAGGUGUUCAGAUGUCGGAGAAGGUUGGUGCAGAGAAUCCAAGGAUUUUUAGUUAUGCUGAGCUUUAUAUAGGUUCUAAUGGCUUUAGUGAAGAUGAAAUUCUUGGAAGUGGGGGUUUUGGGAAAGUGUACAAAGCAGUUUUGCCUAGUGACGGAACAGUGGUUGCUGUGAAAUGUUUGGCAGAGAAAGGGGAGAGAUUUGAGAAGACCUUUGCGGCUGAAUUGGUGGCUGUGGCUCAUCUACGCCAUAGAAAUCUUGUUCGGUUAAGGGGUUGGUGUGUACAUGAAGACCAGUUGCUCCUGGUUUACGACUACAUGCCCAAUCGAACAUGGGCGCCUCCGUUGAACUGGGAGCGCAGGAGGAAAAUUGUCGGAGGCCUGGCAGCUGCAUUGUUUUAUCUCCAUGAACAAUUGGAAACUCAAAUCAUACACCGGGAUGUAAAAACAAGCAACGUGAUGCUUGACUCGAACUAUAAUGCACGGCUAGGUGACUUUGGCUUGGCACGGUGGCUUGAACAUGAACUCGAGUACCAAAUCAAGACACCAGCAACAAAAAGACACCAGUUUCGGUUGGCUGACACAACAAGGAUUGGUGGCACAAUUGGGUAUCUCCCACCAGAGAGCUUCCAGAAACGAAGUGUGGCAACUGCAAAAUCUGAUGUCUUCAGUUUUGGGAUUGUUGUGUUAGAGGUGGUUUCUGGAAGGCGUGCUGUGGACCUUACAUUUCCAGAUGAGCAAAUCAUUUUGCUUGACUGGAUCCGUAGGCUGUCUGAUGGAAGAAGGCUUUUACAUGCAGGGGAUGCUCGACUUACAGACGGAUCUUGCAGGCUUGCUGAUAUGGAGCGGUUCCUUCACAUAGGACUCCUCUGCACCCUCCAUAAUCCGCUAUUGAGGCCUAAUAUGAAAUGGGUUGUGGAAGUGCUUUCUGGAAACAUUUCUGGCAAACUGCCAGCUUUGCCUUCAUUUGAGUCACACCCUUUAUACAUCUCAUUGUCAUCCCCAUCCAACACCAGUGAAAGCAAGAACAACAGCAGUAGCAGGUCCCCCACCAGCACCAGCAGCACCAACACAACAGUCACAUUUGCUUCAUCAAACUAUGUCACUGCCACUGAAGAAACUUUAUAUGCAACCGCUGAAUUUGGAAUCAAUGGUUUCAGCUUAUCUAACAACAGCAGUCGCCGACCAACAAAUUUCUUUAUGGUUGAAACUCCAAGAGAAAUACCCUUCAAGGAAAUCAUUUCUGCUACUAACAAUUUCGCAGAAUCACGAAGGGUAGCAGAGGUCGACUUUGGAACAGCCUACCAAGGUUUCCUUGACAACCGUCAUCACGUUCUUGUGAAGAGACUUGGCAUGACUAAAUGCCCUGCAUUGCGAACACGAUUUUCAAGUGAACUCCAAAACUUAGCAAGGCUCCGCCAUCGUAAUCUGGUACAACUCCGUGGAUGGUGCACUGAACAAGGAGAGAUGCUUGUUGUAUAUGAUUAUUCAGCAAAUCAAUUGUUGAGUCACCUCCUUUUCCAUCACAAUAACAGAAUUGGCAGCAGUAUUUUGCGAUGGCAACACAGAUACAGCAUUAUCAAAUCCCUUGCUUCUGCCAUUCUUUAUCUUCAUGAGGAAUGGGAUGAACAAGUUAUCCAUAGGAACAUUACCUCUUCAGCCAUCAUUCUCGAUCCUGAGAUGAACCCACGGCUUAGUAGUUUUGCUCUUGCUGAAUUCUUGGCAAGAAAUGAUCACGACCAUCAUGCAGCUACCAACAAGAACAAAUCAGUUCGUGGAAUUUUUGGUUACAUGUCACCAGAAUAUAUGGAAUCUGGAGAAGCAACCCCGAUGGCAGAUGUUUAUAGCUUUGGAGUGGUGGUGCUUGAGGUGGUUAGUGGACAUAUGGCAGCUGACUUUAGGCGGCCUGAGGUAUUAUUGGUGAAAUGGGUCCACAACUUUGAGACACGGAGAAGGUCAUUCGAGGAACUGGUUGAUAUUAGGUUGAAUGGGGAAUACAAUAAUGAAGAACUGUUGAGACUGACAAAACUAGGAAUUGCCUGCACACGGUCUGACCCGGAAUUAAGGCCUACCAUGAGGCAGAUUGUGAGCAUACUUGAUGGGAAUGACAAAAGCUUCAUGGAACAACGGCAAAGGAAGGAGGGUAGGAAAGAAUGGAAACAGAGAAAUGCUUCUUCUUUGUCAUUGGUUAGGAGAAUCCAUGCUCUGGGAAUACAUUGAAACUCACUGAGUAACAUAAAAGAGAGGCAAGUUGAUAGCAGUUAUGUUUUCAAUGACAAUUUUCCUUUCAAUUAAUGUAUAAUACUGAAGGUAGUAUGUAAAACAAGAGUGAGGAGUGUUUUUGGAUGUGUCUAUCUUGACAAAUGAGAUGAAAAUGUUGUACGGUAUAGCACUGGUGACUUAUAGUUUCUUGCCAUAUCCACUGCCAUGAACGUCUCAUACAUGGUAAUCACAAUACAAUUCAGCUGGAUCAGGAAAUAGAUUAGAGAGACGGAACCAAAAAACAAUCAGUAUUAAUUUAUUGCUUUAAUAGGGCAUCUCGAGUUUGUAUCAUUUGAAAGAAAACUGUUAUGAUAUACGGCAGGAUACAGCGACAACAGUUUGACUAAUACUUCGGAUUUCAUAGCUAUAUGAGAAAAUCUUUAAUCUGACCUCAUUCCAG